CCACAGCACUCUUUAACGCGCUUUCUCGGUUUCAGUGCUUUUGUCCUCUGCGGUUCGGAUCUGCUCGGGUUCGGGUUAGGGUUACUGUCGUUAUUGUUCUUGCUUGCUUGCGGCGUGUCAUUUGUGCAGUUUUUGCGAUGCAGCGUUCCUCCUCCGCAUCGUCAUCGUCGUCCUCGUCCUCGUAUUCGUCCUCACUAUCGAUAACAUCAUUCGUUCAAUAUGCUUUCCUCGCCGCACUAGCAUAUAUACUUGCGGGCGCGCCUUUGUCGACAUUGCUUGUCUCACGUACAAAUGCCGAUUCAGCGUUGUCAGGCAGUAGCCUUGGUGCGAAAAAAGGUGUUGAUACAAUAUCCAAGUUGGAGAAUCUGGUUAUUCCAGAGAAGAACUUGAGUUGCGCGGCGCAUGCAUACAAAGGAGUUUAUGUCUUGAGCAGGGAGCCAUUGGUGGUGUACAUUGAGGGGUUCAUUGGCGAAGAGGAAGCAAAAGAAGUUGUGGCAUUGAGUAACCCGCAUUUCACACCCUCAACCGUAUGGACCUCCGGCACUGAGUCCCUCAAUCCGUCAAUCCGCAACUCGGAAAAGGCUCCCCUACCCCGCAGCCAAACAGUGAAGUGUAUUGAAGAGCGCGCUCGCGUUUUUCAAGGCUGGCGACCCUACACUUUCAUUGAGAAACUAUGGAGCCAGAGAUAUGGCGUUGGAGGCCAUUACACAUACCACUACGACUGGAGUACCGCGACUAAGAAGAGUGGACGCGUCAGUUCUUUUAUGGUGUAUUUGGAAGCGAAUUGCACGGGUGGUGGAACACACUUCCCGCGUUUAGAGAGGCCUAAAGAUGGAAGUUGGUGCCAAUUUAUUGAGUGUGGUGACGGCGCUUCUUCGACAGAUGCAGAUCUCUCGGCGAAUACUGUGGAGGACGGACGGCCCAAGGAAGACCUAAGCAAGGGGGUCAUCUUCAAGCCGAUUGCUGGGAAUGCGGUGUUCUGGGAGAAUAUGCGGGGAGAUGGGAGUGGGUAUGCGGAGAGCUGGCAUGCGGGGUUACCCGUUACGAAGGGCGUUAAGAUCGGACUCAAUAUAUGGAGUUGGUUAGCUGAGGGGUACGUGCCGGUGGAAGAAGAGUCUUAAGGAGAUGGGAAAAGGAUGGGGGAAUCAUAGAAGAAAAAGGCAGAACUAGAGGAAAACCUACGCAGGGAUUAAAUGUGGCUCCAGAGAAAAGAAGGGGCAAGUAGUAUUGGAACAUGGCGGAAGAACUACAUGAACGUCCAUUCGAGUACACAAUGACGCCACAC